GUAAAGGGCCCGCGGAUGACCCCGCGCCACCACUGUGAAGCCUACAGCUCUGCGGGGGAGGAGGAGGAGGAGGAAGAGGAGGAGAAGACUGUUUCUCCAUCCCAGAGAGAUGAAGUAAUUCAGUGGUUGGCCAAACUCAAGUACCAGUUCAACCUUUACCCAGAAACAUUUGCUCUGGCUAGCAGUCUUUUGGACAGGUUUUUAGCUACUGUAAAGGCUCACCCAAAAUAUUUGAACUGUAUUGCAAUCAGCUGUUUUUUUUUAGCUGCUAAGACUGUUGAAGAAGAUGAGAAAAAUCCAGUCCUAAAGGUAUUGGCAAGAGACAGUUUCUGUGGAUGUUCCUCAUCUGAAAUUUUGAGAAUGGAGAGAAUUAUUCUGGAUAAGUUGAAUUGGGAUCUUCACACGGCCACACCAUUGGAUUUUCUUCACAUUUUCCAUGCCAUUGCAGUGUCAACUAGGCCUCAGUUACUUUUCAGUUUGCCCAAACUGAGCCCAUCCCAGCAUCUGGCAGUCCUGACCAAGCAGCUGCUGUACUGCAUGGCCUGCAGCCGACUUCUGCAGUUCAAAGGAUCCAUGCUUGCCCUGGCCAUGGUUAGUCUGGAAAUGGAGAAACUCCUUCCUGAUUGGCUUUCUCUUACAAUUGAGCUGCUUCAGAAAGCACAGAUGGAUAGCUCCCAGUUGAUCCACUGUCGGGAGCUCGUGGCACACCACCUCUCUGCUCUGCAGUCUUCCCUGCCUCUAAAUUCCGUUUAUGUCUACCCUCCCCUCAAGCACACCCUGGUAACCUGCGACAAAGGAGCGUUCAAAUUACAUCCCUCCUCUGUCUAAGACCCAGAUUUCUCCAAGGACAACAGCAAGCCAGAAGUGCCAGUCAGAGGAACAACAGCCUUCUACCAUCAUUUCCCAGCUGCCAGUGGGUGCAGGCAUACCUCUGCUAAAUGCAAAGUGGAGGAAAUGGAAGUGGAUGACUUCUACGAUGGAAUCAAACGGCUCUAUAAUGAAGAUAAUGCUUCAGAAAAUGUGGGUUCUGUGUGUGGCACUGAUCUGUCAAGGCAAGAGGGGAAUGCUUCCCCAUGUCCACCUCUGCAGCCUGUUUCUGUCAUGUAGUUUCAAGUGUUACCUGCCAGUGCACUCUAAGGUUGACUGAGAAUGAGAACAUAGAAAAUCAGGGAAGACUGUAGAGAAGGGGAUAUGCUUUAGCAGACUGAAGUGAGCCAGGAAAAAAGAAAACACAACAUUUAUUUGUGUGGCUAAUUAUAACUCAAAAUUAUUUAACAUAAUGGCAUACAUUUAUAAACUCAAAAGAUCAAAGUAUAUUUAAAAAAAAAAUCCUUGUACUAUGUGAGUUCCACUCCUUUUCUCUGUUAGAGCUUGCCCCAUGUCCAAAAAAAAAUCAAUUUAAUGUUUAGGGGAAAAGUUCCAAAAUAGCUAGCAAAACCUUGUUCCCAAUAUCCUAAUUUAGUUUU